CUCCCCUCCCCUCUCUUGUAUCUUUCUGCUUGCCCACUCACCCACUCUCUUUACGCACCACCGUGCAGCUCAAGUUUUGACAGCGUUGUUCAUCAGGCAGAGAUGCCGGCUGUGAUGUUCACGAGGACGGUUGUGCUUUGCGCCCUAAUGGUGCAAUACAGCCGCGCGGAGCUUUCUCCUCCCGUGCCGGACCCGAAUCCCGUGCCCGAAUCGUCCCUGCUCAAACCCAAAGUUAUGAUCGCGAUUCUGGCUCGGAACGCAGCGCACAGCCUGCCUUACUACCUGGGCUGCAUCGACAGACUGGACUACCCGAAGGAUCGGAUUGCUAUAUGGGCUGCUGCAGACCAUAAUGUGGAUAACACCACAGCCAUGCUGAGACAAUGGCUGAAGAACAGGCAGAACAGAUACCACUACGUGGAGUGGAGGCCCACGGAGGAGCCAAGAUCGUACACAGACGAGUGGGGUCCGAAACACUGGGCUCCAUCUCGAUUCAACCAUCUGAUGAAGCUCAGACAGGCAGCUCUGAAGACUGCACGAGAGCGUUGGGCUGAUUUUAUACUGUUUGUUGACAGUGAUAAUCUCCUGACCAACCCACGGGUGUUGAAUCUAUUGAUGGCUGAGAAUCUCACACUGGUGGCACCCAUGCUGGACUCCCGAUCUCUCUACUCAAACUUCUGGUGUGGCAUCACGCCUCAGGGUUAUUACAAGCGGACCCCAGACUACCAACCUAUACGUGAGUGGAAGCGUUUAGGCUGUUACUCUGUUCCCAUGGUGCAUUCCACCUUCCUAUUGGAUCUGAGACGGAGCUCCACACGAGAGCUGGCCUUCUAUCCACCUCACCCCGACUACAGCUGGGCAUUUGAUGACAUCAUGGUCUUUGCCUUCUCAGCUCGACAAGCUGGUGUUCAGAUGUAUGUGUGUAACAAAGAGCAUUAUGGUUUCCUGCCUGUACCUCUGAAAGCUCAGCAAAGUGUGGAGGAUGAGGAGGAGAGUUUCACACACACCAUCACUGAAGCCCUUAUUGAUAAUAACAUCAAGCCCUCCGAGUUCCUCUUCACUCCAGCCAAAGCUCAGGACAAGAUGGGCUUUGAUGAGAUCUUUCUGAUCAAUCUGAAGCGGAGGGUGGACAGAAGGGACCGGAUGUUGAACUCUAUGGCAGUUCUGGGUCUUGAGGCCACACUGGUUGAAGCUGUAGAUGGAAAGGCUCUAAAUACAUCUCAGCUACAGGCUCUUGGUAUUGAGAUGCUGCCAGAGUAUAAAGAUCCAUACUCUGGCAGGGUGUUGACACGUGGAGAGAUCGGCUGUUUCCUUAGUCAUCACUUCACCUGGAAACAGGUGGUGGAGAGCGGCAUACAGCAUGCGCUGGUGUUGGAGGACGAUGUGAGGUUUGAGCCUCGAUUUAAGAAAAGGUUACAGAUCAUCAUGAAGGAUGUUAAAAAGGCUCAUCUGGACUGGGACCUUAUCUAUGUGGGCCGUAAGCGGAUGCAGGUAGCCCAGCCAGAGGUGUCUGUGGAGGGCGUGAAUAAUCUUGUAGAGGCAGAUUACUCAUACUGGACUCUAGGUUAUGCUAUUUCGCAGCAAGGGGCCAGAAAACUCCUAGCUGCUCAGCCGCUUGGCAAGAUGCUCCCUGUGGAUGAGUACCUGCCAGUCAUGUUCAACAAACACCCAAAUGUGGAGUUCAUGUCUAACUUUGAUCCCAGGGAUCUACGUGCUUUCUCCGUUGAGCCAUUGCUUUUGUACCCGACGCACUAUACAGGCCAGCCGGGUUACUUCAGCGACACCGAGACCUCCACUAUUUGGGAUAAUGACACAGUCAACACAGACUGGGACAGGCGGUAUGUCCAAAAAACCUCCCAGCAGGGACGAAUAGAUCCUGUCGCCCAGAACAGUGUAACCGGGGACAUACCACCACCUGCAUCCCGAGCCUCUCGAGAUGAGCUCUGAGGAAACAGAACACACACUCUCAAACAACAUCACUGACGGACUCACAGACCGGUUACUCCUCAAUCUCCAGCAGUCCCAGCCUCUUUGGUGAAACAUCAGCCAAUAGCAUGACAGCUGGCUGGGAUGCUUGAACACCAUUGGCUGACUGGCUGGUUGAGUUUGGACAGUCUGUGCACGGAGGGCCACAAAAACACACAAGCUCCUUUAUUAUUCCACUUUAUUUAUUUCAUCAUACCUUCCAAAAACAUUUAGGGGCCGAACUGUCCCUGGUGGAUAUUUAAAAAGUCUUGAAAGAUGACACAACAAGGCUUUCCAUGAGGACAACACAGCCUCCCUCACUCGGACAGUGACACACACAGACAUAUGGGAGUUAGAUUUGGGUUUGGCAGUGCAAGAACAAGGCUUGUGCAGAAGAAUCUUUAUUUACAAUACUUUUUAAACAAAAUAUAGAACAAACCGAUAUGAUUUGUGGGUAGAAUGAUGAAUUCAAAGACCGAAAGUCUUUCAACAUUUCCAAGCCAAGAAUGCCAUGAGGAUGACAAAACAUCAAACCAUUGUUCUGUCAAACAAGUUAGAGAAGAUAUAAAUCAUCAAGAGCUAAAGAAGUAGCCUUUAUAUUUUUACAGUUGACGUUUUGUUUUUAGGAAUCCCAAAUUAGAAGCAUUGGAGGGAAUUAGUCACUUUUGUGGGGCAACAUCAAUUCAUUAUAAUUUAAAGUAAUCUCUUGACAUGUUAAAAUCUAUUUGUUUCAUCUGGACUUUUAUGUAGGCUACUGUAGCAAAUUUAUAUCUUUGUUUUUGUUUUACAAUCAUCUAGAAAUCGGGUUUAUAAUAUGUUGCACAACACAUGUCUAUGUCUAACAUCACAUUGUCUUCCUGCAGAGACCUCAAUAAUCAUUUCCAGAAUUUUCCAGGAGACUGACGUAGUUUGAACAAGUGUUUAACUUCUACUGUGCUAUGUCAUCAUUUGAAACGGGAUGCAAUCACUCUCAUUUCUUUAACUCGGCAGGCUGGCUCCUGUUUUCUAACUGUAGAUUGCAUUGCCUUGUUUGAGUACUGGGGAUGUCAUGGUGCUGGUGGUGGGCUGAUUCAAUAAAACUGGACAAUCAGUUAAACACGACUCUGGACGUAAGCUGGGCAGGGUUGUUCAAUGCCAGUAUAGGCCAACCAACAACUGGAUACUCAUCCUACUGAUUUCACAUUUUCUGGCUUUCAGUCAUCUGUGCUGAUCCCUCACUCUUCCAAUGCAGACACUUCCAAAGCAGAAAGAAUGCAUGUGCACACUGGAUUAUGAAUAUUAAAAACAUUCAUUGUUACAGAA